AGAUCAUUUUAGACCCAAGAAUACUGAUCCUGGCCUCAUGGGCCCAUGGAUGCUCCGUGCGAUCGUGCAUUCGUGCUCGUGUCGAGAACCCAAUCCGGUCCACUGAGCCCAACCAUACCGGCGGCUCUCUGUUUCUCGAAUACCCGAUCCUAUCGCAUCGAAUCGAAACUGUUCCGCUCCCACUCCGAUCGGAUUCGGUGGGACGGUGGCAUCUAUGCGCCCGUCGCACCGUCGCUCAAACUGUAUAAACCUGCGCCCGAACACUUCGAGCUCACCCGCAACCUCCUCCGGGAAGCGCGAUCGCCGUCUCGAAGGAGCUGAAAUCCAAGAUUCCAAGCUCUUCUGUCAGUUGAGGGAAGUUGAAGCAAAAGUCUAAGCAAAAAUGUUUUACGGGGGAUAUGCUUACCAUGGCAACUCGUUUGAGCAAACAUACCGUUGUUAUCCAGCAUCGUUUUUUGAUAAGCCACACCUGGAAGGCGGUGAUAAAGUAAUAAUGCCACCUUCUGCCCUUGAUCGUCUUGCUUCCUUGCACAUCGAGUACCCUAUGCUAUUUGAGCUGCACAAUGAUGCAACCCAGCGGAUUUCACACUGUGGUGUUUUGGAGUUUGUUGCAGAAGAAGGCAUGAUCAUCAUGCCCUAUUGGAUGAUGCAAAACAUGCUGCUUCAAGAGGGUGACACUGUCCAUGUAAAAAAUGCGACUCUUCCCAAGGGCACAUAUGUGAAAUUGCAACCUCACACAACUGAUUUUCUGGAUAUUUCAAACCCGAAAGCCAUCUUGGAAAAAACUUUAAGAAAUUUCUCCUGCUUAACCACGGGAGACAGCAUCAUGGUAGCCUACAACAACAAACAAUAUUAUAUUGAUAUUGUUGAAACAAAGCCUGCUUCUGCGGUUAGCAUUAUUGAGACAGACUGUGAAGUGGACUUUGCGCCUCCUCUUGAUUAUAAAGAACCUGAGAAACCACGACAACCAACAGUUCCUGCAAGCAAGGCACCUGCUGAAGAUGGCAACACUGCAGUGGAGGAUGAACCAAAAUUCAAACCAUUUACUGGUUUUGGAAAGCGGUUGGAUGGAAAAGCCUCAAAACUGCAAGCAUCAGAGGUUCCUUCCACUGCACUUUCUGCACCUUCAGAUUCAAACAAAAGAGCAAAUCAGCAAAUCUCAGCACCCGCAGCUUCAGGAGCUAGCAAUUACAGUCGACAGAAAACUGGGAAACUUGUUUUUGGUUCAAGUGCAAGCAACAAUAAGGAACCACAAAAGGCUCCUGCUAAAGAGGAGCAACCCGCAAAGAAGGACGACGAGCUGAGGUUCCAAGCGUUCAGCGGGAAGAGCUACUCAUUGAAACGUUAGCUGCUUCAGUUAACCUUCAAAUUCGCCGCUACUCUUUCGUUUCGUGCAUGGUGGGUGUUCUGGCACCUGGUCACCACCAUGUAGAUAUGAAUUGAAGUAUGUAUAUGCUUAUCUUGAUGGAAACAUGACAGUCUGUUUAUUUAAGCCCAAAAGUUUAAAACAGCGCUAUUGUUCUUA